UGACGAGCACAGACCAAACCCGCUUCGAUUCGAUCGUUCUCCAGGAAUCUACAUUUGCCGUGCAUCAAAUCUAACAAUGCCAGAAUUCCUCAUCAAUAAGUCAUAGGCAUCUCGCAUUAUGAAUCAUGAAGAAGCUUUCGAGACCUAUAAUUAACGUGUUCGGGGCGCAAGGUCGUCAAAGAAAUGCAGCGUGUGCACUGAGACUUCCAUUUGCGCGUGCAAUACAUGCAACGCCACGGUUCGGAGCAGAAAGUUCCCUCCCAGUCAUAAAUGAAAAGUCCACCACACCACAGCUAGUCGAGCAGCCUCAACGUGGAAAUGAAGGCUCCAAAGCCAGGAAGCGGUUACAACAAUUCGGAACAUUCACGAUUCUCUUUGCCGCAGGAUGGAUGCUAGAAGACCAGCGAAAGGCGUACUUUGCUCCAGCAGGUUCGAGCACAACUGAAUUUGUCAAGUACACAGUGGUCCGAAAAGAAGUCGUAUCAUCAACAUGCACAAUUUUUUCAUUACAGUCAGCAACGAAGGCGACAAUACCUGCGACUGUCCCUGACGCAGAAUGGUCGAUCAACAGCGUGGAGCUGAAGCAACCACAGUUACAGAUUGUUCGAUCAUACACAUGUCUUCCGCCCAAUGCGGAUCAGCCCGAGGAUGAACUACGAUUUCUCAUCCGCAGAGAGCAGAGAGGCGAGGUUUCAAAUUACAUUCAUCGAUUACCCAUCGGUGCUGAAGUCGAGAUACGCGGCCCGCAUGCCGAAUACGUGAUUCCCGGAGAUACACAGAGCGCCAUCUUCCUCGCUGGUGGGACCGGCAUCGCUCCAGCCCUACAGGCGGCAGAUGUCCUCGAUGGUGAGGCGGAUCUCCACAUCUUGUGGGCGAUGAGACGACGAGAAGACUGUAUAGGAGGCUUGAAUGAUAGCCGCGCUGAAACAAGCCGGUGGACUUCGUGGUUCAAAUCAAGGGAACGUGCGCAAAGCAAUGCAACCGAUAUGAAUGCGCAAGCUGCCGAAAAGGGUGCAAUGGUCGCACAACUAGAAAGUCUGAAGCGAUCAUUCGCGUCAUACCAAAAAGAUCAGUCACGUCUCUCUGUCGACUACUUCGUGGACGAAGAAAACUCAUUCAUAGACCCUGCACGGGUCAAGAGCAUCAUUACAGAUCAAACAAGUAAAGCAAAAGAGAAAUCGCCUGGUCGAAAGAUCAUCUUUGUGUCAGGCCCGGCGGGUUUCAUCAGCCAUUGGGCAGGCCCGAAGCAAUGGCAUCAAGGGCAAGAGAUCCAGGGUCCUCUGGGUGGCAUUCUGUCCACUUUUCAAUUAGCCGGAUGGGAAGUUGUAAAAUUAUGAGAGAUGAGAACGUCAGACGGGCCUGUACACUUACUUGUGCGUAUAUGUUUGGCAUGAUGCGAUCUCAUGUCGACGUCGGUUAGUGUUCGUACGUUCCAAGGUUAUCAUCGUUAGAGCAAGCGCAGUAGAAGGCGCCUUUUGAGAAGCACUUCAAAGCACGUGAACUAGGGCGAUGUCGGACUUCGAAGCCGAAACCUGAAGGUACCUAGGUAGUCUGUGAUAACAUGCUCGCACAAAUUCGGCAAUCUGUAUCCGCACG